GAGCUGUUGCACCUCGGUUCAGAAUUUUCAUCUCUAGCAGGCAACGCCAUCAUCCUCUCCUCACUGGUGGGUUUUCCUCGAAUAUUUUUGUCGCCAUGUCUGUCACCGAAUUAGUCAUUUCACGCUGCAUGUCCAAGUCCCGUCGAAUUUUGCAUCGAACAAGUGUGAUUCUCAGUCAAGGUGUGAUGAAUCACAUGCAUUUUGUGGGAGCACUGGAAGAUAUUUGAAGGCCUCUCUUCUGGACCUGCACCAUCACUGUGACGUGAUCGGUGAACCUACACCAACAUUUGUGCCUGGAGGAAAGCGGAAGGUGGGAUUCGCUGUCGCAACAAGGGUCUGAAAGAAGACCCAGAUGAGCUGGCGACAGCGGUGGCUUUCACUGGAGCCCGAAUAUCAGUAGAAUCAGGUGAUUCUAAAACGUGAUGUUCUAGGAAAAUGAACAAUACAACCCUUACAGAGGGUAUACCAGACUUUCGUAGUCGAGGAGGUCUUUGGAGCAAGUUUGAUAAUUUUCAAGCAAGGCCAGAACUCUUCUGGGAGAUGUCAAGGGAGAUGCCAGCCACUGUAGAUAAGGCGCAGCCAAACCAACACAUGUCACCCUUGCAGAGAUGGAAAAAGAAAACCUUCUAUCCUGUGUCAUAACACAAAAUAUUGACAACCUUCAUAGGGCAUUCAAAGAAAAAAUCGUCUAUCUUGUUUUCAGUUGGAGCAUUGAGAUUCAAGUAGAUGCCAAGCUAUUGUCGUAGAGGCUUCAUCAUGUUGGGGUAGGGGGAGAGAGUACACGGCAAAAUAAGAUAGCUUGUAUCUCAGAAACAGCUAUCACAUAACUUCGAGGGAAACCUGAUCAAGAUAAUUUCUCUUCUAUUUAAGAUGAACAUUAUGCCAAAAUCUCUGUUCAUCUUUACAACAAAGAUAAACUGACCUGCUUAAGUCUGGAAGCUUAUCAAGUAAUUGUUAACUGAUCGUCUUGACAUGCUCUUACAGCAAGCAGGAAGUCAAAAAGUGUUCGAGUUCCAUGGCAAUGCCGCCAUAUCAAUAUGCAUGAUGUGUCAUGAACAAAUUCCCACUCUUGAAGCAAUCGGACAACUCCAAGGCCAAGAUUCAAAAGUGCCAAAGUGCAAGAUUUGUGAUGGAGAAAUGAAAAUGGAUGUUGUUCUGUUUGGGGAAGAGAUUGCAGAUUCAAUAGUAGAAGGGGCCAUGGCUGCAGCAAUUAUUGCUGAUGUAGUCUUGGUUGUUGGCACAUCGCUGACGGUGUCACCAGCCAACAUAGUCGUAGAAUUUUGUCGAAAAAGGAUUGGAAGAGUGAUUGUUGUGGAUCCGGACCCUAAUGUUAGACGUCAUGUGGAUCUGCUGCUUUGUGGAAAAGCUGGAAGCGUGCUGCCUCAACUUCUACAAGCUUGUGUUUCUACUCGCAACGUCGUUACUACUUGACUCUUUCCAUAUUCUUAUUGUUCUUUGUGCAUAACGCAGUUCUUGCAAAGCCUUGUCCGACAUAGUGGCUAGAGCCAUAGAUGAUUUUCAUGACGAGUCCGAGAGACUAUCUUAGCAUAUCUGCACUCUUUGUGGUAUUUUCAAGAAAAGGAAAGAGCUACGAACACAGUGAUUCAAUGGGUUGGUUGUCGCUUUCAAAUUUAUAGCUUAUUACUUUCUUAUCCAACCCAACUUUCAGCAACAAAUUAUCAACUGGUGUACCUGGGCAUCUGGGACUAGAUGCGGCUCUCAUGGUGAGUCCCAUUUCAUCGAUCCCCAUCACCAAAAAACGUGUUCAUCGCAAACUUGGUCAUGGGUUGCGUUUUCAAAAGGCCUCGGCAUUUCCUCUU